CUCUUGCCCGGCAGUCGUGUUUUGCGAAACGGACGAAAAUGAGGUUUAUUCUGAUACCCCUGCUGUUGGCAUCCUGCUGCCUCUGGGAGGCGGCCAACUCAUGCGCCAGCAUUGAGCAGCGCUACAAGUUCCCCAACAGCAAUAUCUACGUGCGACUGAGGCGAGGCGACAAGUUGCAGUACGAGCUGAUGAAGGGCGAGAAGUCCCUGCAGACGGUCACCUUCGACAACUUCGAGAGCAGCGCCAAUCUGGUGGCAACCAGCAGCGGUAGCUACCAGCUCACCGAUGGCACGACCACCGUGGAGUUUACCCUGGUCAAGAAUGGCGUAGUCACGGGCACCGGCAGUGAGAUCACCCAUGUGAAAGUGUCCCGAGAUCAGGUGCUGCAGGGCAGUCAGCCCAGGGAUUGCUUCCCCCUGAAGACCGGCUCCACUCACUGGUUCAGUGGCCCCGAGCAGAAGCAACACUACUGGCCGGUGGAGCGUCAGAGGCACGCUAAUUACUCCUACCUGCCCAAGGAACUGGACAACUUUGGAGUGGGUGAGCGUUAUUGGCUGAACGGCGAUGGAGUUUUCCUCUAUGUGGAGAGCAACACUCCGCUGUUUAUCGAUCAGAAUACAGCCGACUAUCCGGAUCAGCUGUGUCUGAGUGCCACCAGUGAGCUGCCCUACGAUCCGCGAGUGACCUCUGCCAAGUUUGUGUACCAUGUGGCCGUGGCCAAGGAUGCCAAGGCGGCUCAUAGAUAUGCCGUGAAAACGUUCCAUGGACAACCCACCGGUUUUCCCGAUGAACGCAUGGUCAGGCAUCCGGUUUGGUCCACUUGGGCUCUGUACAAGGCCGAGGUCUCCGACGAAGUGGUGCGCCAGUUUGCCCAGCAGAUCCUGGACAAUGGCUUCAACAAUAGCCAGCUGGAAAUCGAUGAUGAUUGGGAGGAUUGCUACGGAGCCUUGACGUUCAGGAAGAACAAGUUCCCCGAUAGCAAGACCCUGACCGACGACCUCAAGGCCCUGGGCUUCCGUGUGACCCUUUGGAUUCAUCCGUUCAUCAACAAUAACUGCACUGCCAUCUACGAGGAGGCCAAGUCGCUAGGCUACCUGGUGCUCGAUCACGAGGGCAGCUCCGAUACGCAGUGGUGGAACAGCAAGCCCAAGGAUGCGGCCAUUCUGGAUUUCACCAAGCCCGCGGUUCAGGAGUGGUUCACAAAGCGCUUGAAGCGUCUGCAGGAUGAGGAUGGCAUCGAUAGCUUCAAGUUCGAUGCCGGUGAGACCAGUUGGCUGCCCAGUGACCCCGUGCUGCAGGCCAGCAGCUCCAUGGUGACGCCCCUGCAGGCGGUGGGCGACUAUGUGCGAACUGUGGCCGCCUUCGGGGACAUGGUGGAGGUGCGAUCCGCCCAGAACACCCAGGAUCAGCCCAUCUUCGUGCGCAUCGUGGAUAAGGACUCCGAGUGGGGCUGGAACAACGGGCUGCUCACGCUGAUCUCGUCGAUGCUGCAAAUGAACCUCAACGGCUAUCCCUUCGUCCUGCCCGACAUGAUCGGCGGUAAUGGGUACUACGAGAAGCCGCCGACCAAGGAGCUCUUCCUGCGCUGGCUCCAGGCCAAUGUCUUUAUGCCCGCCCUGCAGUUCUCCUUUGUGCCGUGGAACUUUGACGCCGAGGCCAUCGCGAUCAGCAAGAACUUCACCGACCUGCAUGCCAACUACACGUCGUACAUCAUGAAGCUCUUCCAGCGGGCCGUGGAUUCGGGGGAGCCCGUGAAUGCUCCUCUCUGGUGGAUCGCGCCCACGGACGAGGUGGCGCAGUCUAUCUACGAUGAGUUCCUUUUGGGCGAUGACAUAAUCGCUGCUCCCGUCGUGGUUGAGGGUGCCACCAAGCGAGACAUCUACCUGCCAGAGGGCGAGUGGAAGGAUGGUAAUAGCGAUCAGACUUACACCGGACCCACCUGGGUCAUGGACUAUGCUGCUCCCCUGGACACUUUGCCCUACUUUUUGCGCGUGGGCUUUACACUUGAGUAGAGCGAAAAUAAAACUUAAAUAUAUACUAUACUUAAUAAUAUUA